AUGGGAGCUGCCCAGAUGGUCGUAUUUCUACUGUUAGGGACCGCUCUAUAUUCUUCGCGGGCCACAACUCGCUUUUACCGUUCCGGCAACGCCACUCUCGGGGUGAUCCUACCGGUGCAUUCGCAGACGGCGUCUGGUGGCUGCGGUGAGCUGUACACCCUAGGACUUGGCUACAUAGAGGCGAUAUCAUACGCUAUAGAGCGCAUCAACAACUCCACGGAUAUACUGCCUGGGAUAAGUCUUGGUCUAGAUGUGAGGGAUUACUGUUAUAACUCUAAGCUGGCUAUGCAAUGGGCGUACAGUAUCGUGGCAAACAACGACCACAAUGAGCUUGUGCGGCAGGGUUUAAGUAGAGAGAAGUUCAAAAACCUGACAGACCCUAUAGUCGCUGUCAUAGGAUCGAUUGAAUCUAGCAGCACUGCUUAUGUGGCUGGGCUUUUUCAGGUUGUGGACAUGCCAAUCGUCAGUCCGUUCGCGAGCAGUGAGGAGCUGAGCUCACCCUACUACAGCUCGUUCUUUCGCACCGUAGCACCAGACGGAGAGCAAUCCAAGGCCAUGGCAGACAUCAUAGAACACUUCAAAUGGGCGUAUGUGGCGGCGAUUGCGCAUGACGGCUCUUACGGCCAGUACGGCGUGCGCGCGCUCGAGAGAGAGGCGUACGACAGGAAGACAUUCUGCAUUUCCUUCGUAGAGUUCUUUACGCGGUCCGGAUACAAGGGUAAGAUAGAAACAAUCGUCAGAAAGAUCAAGCGAGCGAGUAACAUAAAAGUUAUCGUGUUUUGGAGUAACUUUGAUCAAGCGGAUGUUUUCCUGGAAGAAGCCCUGAAACAGAAACUUAACGAUCGCACGUUUCUUCUCAGUGAAGCAAUGGCGACGUUUGGAAUGCAAAUUAUGCGAAAGUACACUUCAGUUCUAGGUGGAUCGCUAGCAAUCUUGCCCCACGAGUAUCGAGACUUGGAGUUUGAAAAUCACUUGAGAAACUUGACGCCGGAGAAAACCAGACAGAUGGGUAAUCCAUGGUGGGAAGAGUAUUGGAAGGGCGAGGGAGAGAGAAACCCAGAGGUACGCCGCUAUGACACCACAGAGGAUGAUGAAUCAGACUUCAAGGAGGUGUGGGGGGCACACACACCGUAUGUCACGGACGCGGUGUAUGCAGUGGCUCACAGCUUGGAUAAGUUAUACAGAACUACCCUAGAUACAGGCCGACCAUUCAAUCAGGCAGAACCAUCUAAACUUCUUCUAUUUAUGAGAAAUUUAACUUUCCGCGGGGUCACUGGGAAUAUUCGAUUUGAAAAAUCGGGGAAUCCGACAAAUGCUUAUUACGACGUCAUGAACUUUCGAAAAAGAGUGCCAGGGGGCAAGUAUUUUAUCGAGAAGGUUGGAUUUUGGAAGAGAGAUCAGGUUUCUAAGCCACAGCUUCAAGUCAACGGCAAGUUGAUUCAGUGGAAAACCGAUACGAAUGCUGUACCAACAUCCGAGUGCAGUAAAAAGUGUCCUGCCGGCACCAAACAAUCCUUCAUUAACCGCUGCUGCUGGGAAUGUUUCCAGUGUUCUGAAGGAACCGUGAGCUCAGAGCCAGGCUUGACAAACUGUACGCGAUGCAGUGAGGAGCAAAUGUCAAACAAGGACAACACAGAGUGCGUAAGUCUUCCAUUGCAGAACAUCAAAUGGGAGGACACCACGGCGGCAGUGGUGCUGCUUCUAACAGGUGUGGGCUUCGCACUCAAUCUGAUAGUUCUCGGUGUGUUUAUCAGACAUCACGAUACUCCAGUCGUCAAAGGCAGCAACCAAGAACUGAGCUACCUCUUGCUGUUUAUUAUCAGCUUGUCGCUUCUCAUGCCCAUCCUCCACCUUGCGCACCCUACAGCUCCCGUCUGCUACCUGGUACAGCCGUGGCGGUACUUGACUUGUACGGCGUGCGUCUCGGUGCUCUUCCUCAAGACAAACAGGCUCGUGCGCGCAUUCCAGACAACCGCCAUGCCACAUUGGUUCAGGACGUACAUCUUAGAUCGCAAGCGCCAACUGGUAGUGGUGUUCUUCUUGAACCUGGUCCAGUUUAUCUUGACGUUACUGUGGCUUGCUCUUGACCCUCCGCACGUGAGAAAAGACAUCACCUUCCAGAAACACAUGUUCCUACGCUGCUUGCCAUACACAGCAAGCACAGGUCUGAUCAUCCGAGCCGUCAUGUUCAGCUACUUCAUCUUCAUGUCUCUCCUGUGUACUUUGUACGCAUUCAAGGCCCGCAAGCUGCCGGACAAUUUCAACGAAGCUCGUUACAUCGGUUUUUCUCUGUACGUUCUGCUGGUGUCGUGGAUAGCGUAUUACCCUGUGGACUCGGCCCUUGAGGGCUUCUACACCACUAUCGUGGCAAGUGCCACGGCGCUCCUGAUUGGCUAUGGUCUGCUCGGCUGCCUGUUCCUUCCCAAGGCGUAUAUCAUUUUGAGGCACCCGGAGCAGAACACCGUCGAGUCGGUUUCAGCAGAAGUGGGCAAGUUCUCGCUGGCAGUUAGCUCCACUAGUAAAUCCUCACAGGGAAAAAUUAAUCCAUCAACUUAGAAUGCGACAUUGGACAUGUAACGGUGUUAAAAAAUACAAGCCCAUCAUAUGACGAUCUGACGACAGACAAUAUUGUGUAGUCCCAGAAAAUAUCCAUACUCCCAUGGAGGGGGUCAGAGGUAUGCCCCCCACCCCUCUGGAGUUUCCAACCCCCUGAAAAAAAAAUACGAUGACUGUUAAGGAAAAAGGGCAAUUUACCCCCCCCCUCCCCUCUGGAAAUUCCUGGCCGUUUGAACCCCCAUCCCCCUAUUUCUAAUCCCCUACAUGGGAAGUAUGGAUAUUUUCUGGAACUACACAUUAAAUAUCUUUGAAGCUGUUGUCGUUUUAAAAGUAGCUAUUGACUGUUGUCAAAAUCCUUUAGAGACAUCAGGUUACAAUAGUCUUUAACGUUAUUUGUGGAAGUCUUUACUUAUAUAGCCUAUUUAGCCUUGUAAAUCUGUUUGCAAGUAAUAACAAGUUCUCUAUAUACACAUAUAGCGAAGAAGAAGUAAACAAUAUUAAUCCACUCAGAAUAAUUCUACCAAUUUUUGCAGAGUUGAUGCAUUACACAAACACAAAAUUGGAUUUACAGUGUUUCAAUAAAUCGUCGCGAUAUUUUGUAUUUCUAUCAACACUUCUUUGCUAGCACGAAAGUAGUCUUGUGCCUUGCUCACUUUUUGUUGGCGUGGUCCUUCAGCAUUGUAUAACCCAAGCCUCCAAUGACUGCUAUUAAUGUCGAUCCUUGCGCCAAUACACGCGCUCUCAUCAUCUGCUGUUGUACUUUCUGGUUUCCUCGUUUGAAUGAAAGCAGUCCAUAAACCAGUGCGCCGGCAGUCGCAAAGCAGCCUAGAAAGGUUUUAAUUAACGGUCAAGAUUAUAUUAUAUAUUGGAAAUUAAAUAUUUAUUUCAAGUA